AUCUAAACAGAAGCGUUCAGUCUGAAACAUCCAAAAUUUUUUUAAUUUAAUUUUUGUUUAAAAUAAUGCAUAAAAUUUAAAUUAUUGAAGAAAAUUAUCUAGAAAAUUUUAUCUAUAAUGGCACUAAAGUGAAUAGGAAAAAGUACUAUAACUACGGAUUUCUUGCCGCUCCAUAUUAAAAUUGUUUACGAGUGUUUAAGUAGUUUUUUUCAUUCUUUGAACGAUGGAUGCUGUAGUUGGUUAUCGUGUGAAACAGAGCAGUUCAUCUGACAGUGAUUCUGAGGACAGUGACAAGGAAUGCACAUUUUGGAAAAGAGCUUCCAGGAAACCUAAUAAAGAUGUUGUUGAGAAGGCUUCAACAGAUAUAUCACCAUCUGUUGAAAGUUGUAUUGAAACAACAUCCUUAGAAAAUGUUGCUAACCCUGUAGGACAUUCUACUUCCCAACAACAAAAACGUAAAAGGAACACUAUCUGGUCAGAUGUUUUGGAAGAUCAAUUGAUAGCUGAGGACUUGGGAGGUGUCCUUCUUAAGAACAAACCAAAAGGAUAUGGAAGUAGAGGUCAUGAAAGCUAUGAUUACACGUUAGGUUAUCAGUAUCAUAAAACAAAAGGUGAUUUAGACAACCGCAUAUCUGCUAAUGAAUACUCAGGAGAAUCUGAAACCAAUUCUAGGACAUCAAGUGAUUUUAAAAAAAUUUAUAUGAGAAACUUACCUAAAUUAGAUGGUACUGAAACUUCAGCUGCUUGGAAAAUAGUUAAUGUGCUUAAUGAAAAGAAAAAAUAUUUGAUAUUUCGAGUUGUGAAAAUUCUUGGCAUAGAAAAAGCUAUGAAAUUGCUAAAAAUGACUGAAGAGAUAGAGGACAAUGGUGGGAUGAUGAUCAAGAAUAAUACUCGUCGAAGAACACCAGGAGGUGUUUAUUUUCAACUGAUUAAAAAUGAUAAAAGCAUAGACAAGGAAGUGCUAAACAAAAUAUUUGAAGGUGAAAUGUCAAGUUUUGAAGCAAAGAAGUUUUAUGAUCAAAACAGGAAAAAAAAACAGUCCUCUUGGAAGAAAAAGAAAAAAAAGCCAAAGACUACAAAAGGUGAUAAAAAUACUAAACAAUUGGAGGAGUCUGGAGAAAUGAUGCUUGAUGAACAAAUGGAUAUGGAUUCAAAAGACAUGGAAGAAGAAUCACUUUUAGAACAAAAUGCCGUAGGCAAUUCCAUAGAAACAGAUAAGCUUAGUUCUGCAAUAUUAGACAAUCAUGCUGUUAAUCCAACAAAAGAAGAUCUAGAAGAUGGUGAAAUACUAGACUGAUGCAUGAGCUACAAUACAUAAAAAUGAAGAAUGUUGUUCAGUUAUGAUGUUUUGAAAUACACAGUUAAGAUUAGCAUUCUUUAAAUUAAAUAAUUUCAGUGGGUUAAUUGAUAUUUUUUUUUUUUUUUUUUUUUUUUUUUUCUGUGAAAAUUACUAUGUAGGUGUUUAAAAUAUGAUAAAAUAUAAGGUAUAGUCCAUCUGUGCUUUGUGUAGAAUUUGAUUAUGUUUAAAAUUUAAGUGAAUUAUACAGAAUCUUGAAAAGAAAAUUAACUGUAUUUUUAUUCUAUCAGAGAGUAAAAUCAUAACUUCAAUUGUUCAAA